AUGGCUUCUCUACCGUCGUCGCUCUCGAUGCCAUUGUCAACAUCGCUCCUCUGCAUCGCCCUGUUGCUGCUCGCAUGGCUUGAACAGUCGUGGGCGAUGCGGCCCGACCGCAUCGCGAGCCUCCGGGACGACACGGUCGAGAUGUUCUACCACGGAUAUGACAACUACAUGAGGGUGGCAUUUCCUGAUGACGAGCUUCGGCCUCUCACGUGUGCCCCUCUGACUAGGGACAACCUGAACAUCAACAACUUCGGCUUGAACGAUGUCCUCGGAAACUACUCUGUCACUCUCAUCGAUACCCUCUCGACCCUUGCCAUACUAGCUUCUGCGCCACCCGAUGACAACGGCACCGGAGCCAAAGCCCUGCGCGACUUCCAGAGUGGCGUCGCGGACCUGGUAGAAUUAUAUGGAGAUGGGAGGCCAGGACCGUCAGGUCAUGGCACGCGGUCGAGGGGGUUUGAUCUUGACAGCAAGAUCCAGGUCUUCGAAACAGUCAUUCGUGGGGUGGGAGGCCUGCUCAGCGCGCAUCUGUUCGCCAUCGGGGAGCUGCCUAUCAACGGCUACAACCCAAGACCCUCUGGGGAGACGGACCCCGAGAACCCAUUGGAGUUGCCGCCUAUUUCAUGGCCCAAUGGAUUCAAAUAUGACGGGCAGUUACUGCGCCUGGCCCUUGACCUUGCGCAGCGUCUACUGCCCGCGUUCUACACCACCACAGGGAUGCCGUACCCACGUGUCAACCUCCGCCACGGCAUUCCAUUCUUCCCAAACUCGCCUCUAUUCUACGAUGAAUUGGGCACCCAAGGCACCAACACCCCUGGCCCUGCUGAGAUUACGGAGACAUGCAGCGCGGGAGCUGGGAGCCUGGUGUUAGAGUUCACCGUCUUGAGCAGGCUCACUGGCGAUCCUCGUUUUGAGCAGAUUGCCAAACGCGCCUUCUGGGCUGUGUGGAAUCGGAGGAGUGACAUCGGUCUCAUAGGCGCAGGUGUUGAUGCGGAGCAUGGCAACUGGAUCGGAGGCCACGCGGUCAUCGGCGCCGGUGCUGACAGCUUUUUUGAAUACGCGCUGAAGUCGCACAUCUUGCUCUCGGGCCACGAAAUACCCAACGCCACCACUCCACGACGGCGCGCUCCGGGAAGCACUUGGCUCGACCCCAAUGAGCUGUGGACUCCUCUGACCGAGGAACAAAACUCACCUGCGGCUUUUCUGGACGCCUGGCAUCACGCGCAUGCCGCGAUCAAGCACCACCAAUACGACGAGACGGGCCACCCGCACUACGUCAAUGUCAAUCUUCUCACUGGCUCGCAAGCAUCCCAAUGGAUAGACAGCCUGGGCGCAUACUACCCCGGCCUUUUGAUCUUGGCCGGAGAGCUGGAUGAAGCUAUUGAAACAAACCUACUCCACGCUGCGUUGUGGACCAAGUAUGCCGCACUGCCUGAACGGUGGUCCUUCAAGGAAAAGCAUGUUGAAGGGGGUCUGGGCUGGUGGCCACUACGGCCAGAGUUCAUCGAGUCGACUUAUCAUCUGUACCGCGCUACCAAGGACUCUUGGUACCUGUACGUUGGUGAAAUGGUCAUGCGUGAUAUCAACCGCCGCUGUCGAACCGAAUGUGGCUUUGCGGGCAUUCAGAAUGUCGUCACAGGAGAGCUGACCGACCGCAUGGAGAGCUUCUUCCUCGGUGAGACGACCAAGUAUCUGUACCUGCUCUACGACGAUAGCCACCCCCUCAACUCAUUGGAUGCCGCUUAUGUCUUCACCACUGAAGGCCAUCCCCUGAUCAUACCGAAAGAGUCAAAAUACCUUACAAAGACAAGACCUGUUCCUCCUGCCGCAACCAAGGAGAUCGCGCUGUUCUACUACGACGAGCGGUUCAGAAACGUAUGCCCGAAGCCUCCAGAGAUCUUCUCUCUGACCGGAUCUAGCAUUACUUCGCGUACAGAUAUGUUUCAUGCCGCCCGUAUGCUUGAUCUGCACAUGAUGCCCAAUAUGCACGCCGGCAUAGAAGCCGGUGACAAACCUGGGACCUACAGGGCCAAGCACAACCACACAUACUUUCCCUGGACAUUGCCGCCAACCAUGCUAUCCGAGAAUGGUACUUGUGCCAUGGUCUCUGAGCCGGCUGAAUAUCAUCUGGAAUUUGGCACGGUCGGCCAGAACGGUGUCUUCGACUCAAUAAUAGGAGCCCAAAACCUGGACCGAAUCGAUACACAUCACAUCAGGGUCAAUAGACUGGCUGGACUGAAGCUCACUAUGCGGUUGGAAAUGGGCCCUGACGGUGCACAAGAACUAAGGGUCACCAAGGUAAAUGGGUUUGGUCUUGGACGAGAUGAGCACAUCGUCUUCAACCGAGCCUUGCUUGCGGAUAUAUCCGACACCAAGUUCAAGCUUGUUAGAGACCUGACGACGGUCAAGAUACAUCAACUCUACCACGUGGACAUGGCCGCGAAUGUAGACCCCGUGGACAAGGUAUCUGCAAGUGAAGGAUCAUCUGAAGAAGUCCUCGGGAACGCCACUUCUGUGUUUGCAGAGGAUUACGAGACGCCAGAAGAGCAGUGCGCCCCUCCCGACGAUGAGAUAUUAGAGGAAUAUAACCCCUUUGACGCCGACCACCACGACACAGACGAUAUCCCUCGAGCUCCAGAUACUCUGGCGACCAAUAUCAACAGCCUUCUCCGCAACCUCUGGCAUCAAAUGCGCGAUUCGUCAUCAUCUUCGACCACCAGCAAGGCCCCGUCCUCCAAUGCGAUCCAAGUGCUCAACACACACGGACGCCCUCUCAACAUCCUCCUCAACGCCACGGCCAUCACGCCAAUCGGCAUCGGCGCCGCCCCCUUACCACCAACCGACAUACCGGCAGGCGCGCACGUCCCCGCCUUCGGGCCCGUCCCGUCAGCAGCCUUGCCGUGGACCACAAUCUACGCGGCCGGGCUCUCGUGCGAUUCCGUCCUGCCGGAGGAGGCGCCGCGCGACCACCAGCUCAUCGUGAUCCGGCGCGGCGGGUGCACCUUCAGCGAGAAGCUGGCCAAUAUCCCGGCGUACAAGCCGUCGGCGGCGUCGCUGCAGCUCGUGGUCGUCGUGUCGGAUGACGAGGAGGGCGGUGUGGGCAUGACGCGGCCGCUGCUGGCCGAGGAGCAGCGCACGCCCAGCGGCGUCCUGCGCAGGCACCCCAUCCCCAUGGUCAUGGUCGGCGGCGGCGAGGAGGCCUACCGCCGGCUGGCGGCGGGCGGCGUCGUCAGGGCCGGCAUGAGCAGGAAGUACGGCGUCGAGAGCGACGGGCGCAGGAUAGGCAACGUCGCCAUCGACGACGGGGAGAUCAAGCGUCCCGGCUAG